CUCCAUCUGGCGGGGAGACGCCUGACACGACAACUGGGCUUCGACCAGAAACCAGGCGGUGAAUGUUUGUUCUUCACCAAAGCCUUUCACAUGGGGCGUACUGUCAUCUCUCCUCUCGUGUGUGUUGUGUUUUCGAACCGGCGGAGCAAGUUCCAGGCGUGAACUGGUCUCUGGACCCAACACACACCGCGGCACUCAGGGCAGGCGAAACCGAAAGUGUUACUGCGUCACCGAGCGUCAGAUGUCGGCGUGGGAGACAGAAGAGCGAGUGGGAGUUGGUAGACUUCUGAACCCGGAACAAGACAAGACGAGACCUGCUCCAACUUUUCAGCGCCUUCUAUAAGGCAGUGCUGUCGAAUUUAGGAGCUUUGUUUUGCGGUUUUAGCUUUUGUUUCGCCCUUCUGGGUUUUAUGCUGUAUGCGCUUUGCAUCCCAGUGUGCACGGGAGCUGUUCGUGGACUACCGACUGUGUGUUGUGUUGUGUUGUGUCGUGAGAGGCCAGGCCAGGCCCGCAGCAGUGGCGGAGAAACAGAGCUCUAGUGUGGAAGUGGAGGAGGAACCGACGAGGGCACGAGAAUGAGCGCCGACGGCGACGAUGACCGGGAGGUGGAGGCCAUCAUGGAGGCGCGGGCCGGCUCCCCGGUGCUGAGCUACGGCGCGGGUUCGGAGGGCUCGUCCAUCGGGGCCUCAUACGGCUCCAGCCGGUCCGAGUCGGCGCUGCUGAACUGUGGGGCGAGCGACCGCGGCGACCGCCCCCCCUCCUCCUACGGCUCCAUGCAGUCGGACGACGCCCUGGAGGACGGGGAGGGGGAGGAGGAGGACUUCAGGCCACCGCCCAGCUCCAUCGUCACGCUCAGCAAGAGACGGGUUAUCCGAGCGGAGUCUCCUCAAACGGCCUUCACUGAAGCCACCAGCGCCUUCACCCUCAAGAGCGUCAUCCCCACCGAAGGGGCGUUCAUACACCAGCCCAGCCGGGAGGUGGACACAGAGAUGACUGGGGAGGAUGACCAUGAGGUGGAGACAAAGGGGGCGGGGCCAGGAGAGGGGGCAGCGCAACCGGGGCCAUCCAGAGGCCAACAGGAAGAGGAGGAGGAGGAGGAAGAGGAAGCCAUGCGAUACCCUACCCCUCCCCCUCCCCCACCCCUCUGCCCCCCCGCCGUGGGACUCGGACUGCAGUAUGGCCCAGUGCAUAAGGAACUGAGCCUCACCUUCAUAUUCUCGUCUAUCCUGGGCGUACUGAAUAAGUUCAACUCCACGGAGCUGAUGUGGUUCAAGAAGCAGGUGGCCCAGCGGCACAAGGAGAAGGUGAACGCCGAGCAGCUGCUGGACUCUGAUUGGCUCAACACUGUAGACUACCUCAUCGAACACUUCCGAUUGGGCGGCGCCACACGCAUCGCUGCCACCUGCAUGCACCUGAUUGGCCGAGACAAACACUGCGAAGAGCUGGAGGGGAUCUGCAAGAGGAUCCUGGUUCGUCAUGAGUUGCAGGAGAGUAUUCAGAGGAAUUUCAACAUCGUGUUUGAGGGUGUCCCACGACCCGGAGACCAGGCGGGUCUCAAUCGCAUCUUCACUGCUCCGUUGGUGACUGAGGGGGGUCACCGCGGGGUCAACACGAAUCACGAGUACCUACACAACCUGCAGCCGGCGUGGGGGGAGCCGCGUCGCGUGUGCCACUUUAACGACGUGCUGCGCCCGUACCCGGAGGGAAGCAGCGACCGGCCCCGCCUCACCGUGCUCACCGCCACGCCCAUGGGGGGUCUCUCCUACGUCAUGUCCAAGUUCGCGCUCGACUGGAGCAAAGAGCGCGCCAACCAAGACAUACACUUCCUCUUCUACUUCAAGUGUAAGGAGCUUCGCUGGUACACGGACGACCAGUUUUCCGUCAUGAAGAUGUUGAAGCAUUUCCACCACGCCAUCGAGGUGGUGAACACCAUGCUGACGCAGCCGGAGAGCCAUGUGACCCUCAUCUUCGACGGCUGGCAGCCGGAGCGCCCCAAAGUGGACUGGGAAGCACCCGUCAUCACCGACAUCUGGCAGAAGGCCCCCAUGAAACAGAUCCUCGCUAACCUCAUCAGAGGCGACUUGUUGCCAGACGCCAGGCUGCUCAUCACCUGCAGAAGACACGACUUGGACACCAUACCACACUAUCUCAUAGGCCGGGUGUUUGAGGUGCGUGGCUUCUCUGCAGAGCAGCGUGAGGAUUUCUUUGCUAAGCAUUAUGAUCGUGAUAUGACUGUUGGCGCUCGAGUACUGGAGAAGAUCAAGACCCAACCCAACAUCUUCUAUAUGUCUCAGUUGCCGGUGUUUGCGUGGGUCACUGCCUUCUUGUUUGAGCGUCGCUGCUUGCGGAGUCCCCAGUGGGCCGAUCGCCAUGGACACGAGACACUCCUUUACGUCCACCUCGUCAUGCUAUUGAUCAACCGCUGGUUCGAACGUUACCGGGGCGACGAGCAGGACAACCUCAAGUGGCAGCAACACGACAAGGACAUGAUGAUGCGUUUGGGUCGUCUGGCCUGGAAGUCUCUGGAGACGCGACAGACACGCUUCUCACACGCACAGCUGAAGGAACACGACCUGGACUCUACAGACCUUAUACGCAUAGGCAUCAUGGCGGCAGAGCUCCCAGAGUGGAAGCCGUCGGAGGCGGGGUGUAAAGCUAUGACGGCCGAAUGCAACCGACCAAUCAGCUUCUCCUUCACACACCACUCCAUCAUGGAGUUCAUGGCUGCCUGGUAUGUGUAUCUGGGAUUCCGUAUCGAGGGCCGCAACGUGUUCGAGCAGUCCAUCCGCAGCACAGUGGUGUCUGCGCUGGUGAAGGACCGCAGCAUCCUGGACCUGUACAAGCCGGCGAUUGAGCGCGCGCUAGUUAGCCGUGACGGACACCUGGACCUCUUCCUGCGCUUCCUGUUCGGCCUGGCGCUGGACUCCACGGAGGACAACAUUCGAGGCACCAUGCUGCCCCAUCGCCACCCCUCUCCCAAGGGCCUCCAGGACUCCAAGACCUACCUGAGGAGGCGGAUUGAGGAGCUGGAGCCAGCUAGCGCUGUUAUCGCUAGCGGCACUAACGCUGGCGCGUCUAACAACUCUAGCGCUAACCUGGUUAGCGUUCACCCCGACCGUGUCUUCAACCUCACACGCUGCGUGGAGGAGGUCACAGAACUGGUGGACGAUAUCUUCAUGUAGGACACACGCACUCUUUUAUAUGUACACACACUCUUUUAUACAUACACACACACACCUGGAAGGGAUCACAAAAUUAGCGGUGAACACAACCAGUUUUACACUCCCACACACACACACACACACAUACACACACACACUGAAGGGAUCACAGAACUGAUGGUGGAAUACUACUGACACACGUAAACACACACACACUGUUUGUAUACAGUGUAUACUGUCCCCCCACAAACAGAGUUGAAUGUAAUUCCUUGAAGUGCUUUGAGAUUGGUAUUGCGCAAGACAAUCUCUUGAUGAUGAUGAUGAUGAUGAUUAAGUUUAUGAUGAUGAUGAUGACAACAGUGCCUUACUGAAGAGGACUAUUCCUGCAGAAAUAAAACUGUGCUGACACACACACACACACACACACACACACACACACACACACACACACACAGCCACGCACCCAUGUGCACACACUAAACAUGGGUGGUUGACAUGACGCCCUGUUUUUACGUAACAUUAGGCCCGAAAGUCCAGGAGCAUUAAACCGUCAAAAUACGACAUUAAAUUUUACAUUUACAAUGAUCAUA